GCCGCCACGGCGCGGGGCAAGCGCCCCGGGGCCCGGCCCCCCUCAGCGCCCGCCUCCGGGAGGAGCCAGCGCCGGGCCCCGGGGCCGCGCCGCCGGCUCGGCGGGGCCGGCAGUGAACGGGCGGCGGGUGCCGCCACCGCCAUGAAGAGCCCCCGGGAGGCCGGCGAGCCGCCGCCAGCUGACUGCAUCCAGCUGAAAGUGCCCGUGAUUCAGCAGCUGUACCACUGGGACUGCGGGCUGGCCUGCUCCAGGAUGGUGCUUCAGUACCUGAAUCAUUUGGACAAUGAUGAGUUUCAGAAAGCCAUCCAGGAGCUCCAGCUAACAAAGAGUAUCUGGACUAUUGACCUGGCCUACCUAAUGCGGCACUUCGGAGUUAAGCAUAAAUUUUGCACCCAGACACUCGGAGUGGACAAGGGCUACAAAAAUCAGGUACAGCCUGGGCAGCAGCAGUGUUUAGCUUCCACACUUUCCCCACCACCGUGCCUCAGCCUUGACCUGGAAGAUCCACCUCUAGAGUCAUUUUACAGGAAGCACUUUGACACAGAAGAGAAUCGAGUGAAUCAGCUCUUUGCACAAGCCAAAGACUGCAAGGUGCUGGUGGAGAAAUGCACAGUAACCGUUCAAGACAUCCAAAACCACCUGUCCCAGGGUCACGUAGCCAUUGUCCUUGUGAAUGCAGUCCUGCUGCUGUGUGAUCUUUGCUCAAGUCCUGUCAAAUACUGCUGCUUCCUUCCCAUCGGACAGAAGUGCUUCUGCAGGAGCCCUGACUACCAGGGCCAUUUCAUUGUGUUGUGUGGCUACAACAAAGCCUCAGGGAGUAUUUACUACAACAACCCUGCCUAUGCUGACCGAACGUGCUGCACCAGCAUCAGUAACUUUGAGGAAGCCAGGACAAGUUACGGCACGGAUGAAGAUAUUCUGUUCAUCUACACAGACAGCUGACACCCAGCCAGGACACUGCUGCUCCUUCCUGCACAGCCUGCAGGGCAGCUGGCUGCUCGUCUCAGGACUCCCCUGCACACACCUCACUCCUGCACUGCAGUGGGACCUUCAACAAGGGAGGCUUUAUAGACAUUGACAGGACUAUAUUGCAAUGCUGUCUUUACCUUUUUGGUUUUUUGGGUUUUUUUUCUGAAGGUGUAUCUGAUUGCAAUAUCUUUGGUUUUUUUCUUCCCCUAUUUUUCAAAAUUGCACAUUUGACAGUAAUUCUAAAGUACAGGCCCAGAGCAUGUUCACUUUCAGCUUAUUUUCAAAUUAAACACAUAAGAAAAAAGCACCAAAUUUGUGAACUUUAACACUUGGUAAUAUUUGCAUAGGUUUAGGUAAACAAAAAAAAAAAUAGAAAAUACCUGUUUCUCUCUCUGUCAAAGCAUGAAAACUGCUCUUCAUACAAAAUCUAUAGAUUUGAAGUUCAGCAGAAUAUUAUAAAAGGAAAAAAAAUAAUGUAAAAAACUUUUAAAUAACAAAAAAUGCCUUGUUGGCUCAUCAGUAUUGUUUGCAAUGUAGGAAACUUCCCAUCUACCAAUUUCACAGAGAUUUAGCAUUUAUGCAACUGCAAUACUGGAAUUACUCCCUUGCACUACAAACUCAAUCUCUUUUGGCUAAAUCCUCUUGGAUGACUGCUCAGAGCUCCAUCUUGCUCCAAAACUUUAGGUGGAAAGACUUGAUUUGCACUUGGAAGUCUUUACUGCUCUCUGCAAAAAGCUUUGAAUGUUAUGUCACCCACAUGUACCAGUUUCUGCAGAAUCCAUUCUAAAUAUGAACAUACUAAAUAUUUCAGCUUACUAAGGAAAUGCAGAAAAUUAUCAUCCACACUAAUGGUAUAUAUUUUGUGUGUAAAGUGUAAAUAUCUGACAGCAUCUGCAUUGUAUCUAAAACGCUAAAUCAUAAUUUGAGCCAAAUUUUGCUGUUAGUAUUUGUUCAGUGACCUUCUCAGAAGAGCUAAAAUCUAUUAAGGAAAGAGGAAAUACAAACAUACCUUCUACAAGUAAGAAGGCAGGAACUUAGAUUGUUCUAGCUCUUAUAUUACAGCUGUUUGUGGAUUAAGUUGUUGCUGCAUUGAGACAUUAAGUGAAACUGGUAGCAGCCCAUUCAUAGCCCUUUCCUCUGUUACCUGAGGAGCACUCUGAAGUGUAAGAAAAAACCACUUAUUUCAGCUUCAUCCAUCCUAAUUUCUUACAAGUCUCAAUCUGAGAGUGAGUAGGAAAAUCAGCACUGAUAUAAAACUAGGAAAAUUUGCACUUAAGACAGAGAUCCCACAUCUCUGGCAUGGUUUUAGGAAAAGAACUGUUCAAGUUCUGAAACUGUGUGGAUAUAAUAAAUAGGAAUCUACUUUCAGCAUAGAAAAUUUUUUUUACCAAGAUAAACAUUUUAUCAGUUGUUGACUAACUGAAAAGUAUACAGUGUUGACUAAGUACUUAGUAGAAUCAAGAGUGCUCCUUUGUACAAAGGCAAAAAAUAGUAACAGACAUCUAAAAUGCAGUAACCCUUAAAAAUUCCAAACAAAAGUGCAUGGCAGGAAGUUUUGUGUGUCAAAUUUUGCUUAUCAUUGGUGAAGUUUAAAUACAUUCUGGCAGUGAUGAGCAACAGGUAGGAUGUGGUUUGUGGAGAACCAGUUCAUCAGUGCCACCAGCAGAAUCCUUCCAGAAGAAAGGUACAAAACCUCUUGGAGGGAAUGCCUUUCAACUCCUCCAGAGUAAACAACCAGAAGACUCCUGAUCUGGGAAUUUUUAUGUCCAGGGCCAAAAUCGUGAUGUUUGAUUUUGAGAGAGGGUAUUAGCUGUUAAUAAUUAACAGGUAUGGAAGCUACAGUCUGUUAGGAGUACCUCCUUAUCCCAUGCAUUUUCAGGAAGGUAGUUCAUUCAAUACCAUUAACUGCCACAGGAUUUAUCUUAGAACAGGCUUGAUUAGUUGAACAAAAACAAUUCUUACAAAGGCUUGUAAUUGGCAUUCAGCAUCCUACUGUUUGCAUUACCAAAAGUGAAUCCUGGGUGGAUGGGAAACAUGAACUUAAGGCCCAGCUUAAUGUUCUGAAGUGCACACACAGGUGUAACAAUAUUCACUGGCAAGUGUUGGGUGCCCAGGGUUUAAAUGCUUCAACAAAAGUGAAAGAUAAACAAAGCUGCCUAAGCUAGUGCAGACAAAAGGAGAGGUCCACUACAACAGGAUCUUGUACAGCUGCCAAAUGGAGGAUGGCUGUGAGAGAUGAAAACACAAGGAAGAAGCAAAAGCCAAAUGAAAAGACUGAGUGUGUGACACAAAUUCAACUGAAAAAGCAGCUCACUGCACAAGCAUCCAGAACACCUGCAUUUUCUGAAACUUUGUUUCCUCUUACAAAAUUGUCUAUCAAAACACUCUGAAAAAUGUUCUGUUGCUUUGUUUCUGUCAGGAUGUCAAUAGCAAAGGAAGGGGAUUUUACAUGCAGGGAUUUUAUACAUAAAUAUAUUUUUAUUUGUAAUUAAGCCAUUCUCAAUAAAGGUUAAGCUCACAAAUAACCUGGUAA